CAAAUCACCAUGACGGAGGGCAGUGGAAACUUCCGCUGUCCAUCGUGUCACCAUAAAGUAGUCAUGGACAGGCACGGCGUCUUCAGCCUGCAGCGCAAUCUUCUGGUGGAGAGUAUCAUCGACAUCUACAAACGGAAAGUCUGCCAUAAUGACGACAGGCCACUCCCACUCCCACCUUCACUUCCUGCUCAGGUGACGUGCUCCCAGCACUCGGAUGAGAAGGUCAGCAUCUAUUGCAUCACCUGUCAGCUGGCCACUUGCUCCCUUUGCAAGGUCUUUGGAGAACAUCAGUCCUGCCAGGUGCAACCGCUAACAGACGCCCUGCAGCAAAAGAAGGAGGAACUGAGAGAAGGCGUGGCAUCCAUGGUGCAGAUCAACCAGAAAGUUCGAGCACUGAUGGACGAGCUUGAAGAGAAGCGCAAGAAAAUCGAGGAGACCUGCAAGACUCAAAAACAAAAUGUGUGCGACAAGUUCAGACGUAUGUUCUCAAUUCUGGACGAAAGACUUGUUUCCAUGUCGGAGCGAAUUAGCAAGGAUGAGGUGGAGAAGUCCGGCUCUGGCCAACUGCUUACUCGUUGCUAUGGAGACAAGGUGGAGGCCAACAGGAAGCUGAUGGAGAAGGCAGUGAGUGCAAUGGAGGAUCCCAACAUGGCAGGUUUUGUUCAGAAUUCCAAAGAGUUGAUUGCAAAGGUCAAAGCUGCUGCCAGUUUCAGUUUGGCUGAGACAGUCAGACCAAGCGCCGACAAGCUGAGACGAUUCAGGUGCAACUUCAGCCAGCAGGAGUGGGCCAUUGCUGCCAUUGACUUCAUCACACUUGAAGAUUGUACAAAACCAACACAAAAUACAGAGACGACAGCACCACCUUUGCAAACUGAAGAUGAGCCCACGGAAGCACCCCUUUGGCACUCUGCCCCACCAUUGGGACUUUCAGAAAGCUCCAUCCAGGACGUGGAUUGUGAGGAGGAGCAGCUCCCGAUGAAAGAGGAGGCAGGAGGAGAAGCAAAGGAACUUUCUGAUUCUCAAGGCGAAAUGACGGCUGAGAUAGGCACACAACAGGCUGUCAUCGUGCUCUUCUACCUGGUGGCCUUCCUGGUGCUCCUGCAGAAGGCUUGGUCUUGCGUGGGCUGCUUCAUUUACAUGUAGCUUCAGCAGGAGACGCAGCCGUUGUUCAUUGUCAUUGGGAGAUGCAUCACUUGCAGUUGAGAAGCAACAACCAUAUUGAUACACUGGGCCUAAAACACAUUUUUUUUGUGGGGAAUGGUGGGGCGGUGUACUGCUAUGUAUAUAAAACACGGUUAAUUUAAAUGAGGGAUAGGCAACCCCGUUCUUGAGAGCCAUAGUCCUGCAUGUUUUCCAUCUCUC